CUCAUCGCCCAGUAAAACGCUACUCUCUGUUCUUGGUUUGCGUCAUGCGGUCUACGGGCGCGUAUGUUAUCCCUAUCACUUUUACGAACUCUGUGCACAAUUGGCGCAUUGAAGAGACGAGCUGUAGAGGUAGAGGCGCAGAGAACUCUCUGAGUCUCAGUGUAUGCAAUAUAUCACAGUGGCCUCUCCGUUGCGGCGCGGUGUCCCUUUUCGUCGCAGCGAAUUGCGCGUCCGUCAAUUUCAACUGUACACCAUGUGCAUCUCAAUUCCUUAUUCCACAAUACUCGAUGUAAAUGAACCACCUACUUGCUUCGUGCUUUAGAUUCUUGAUGCAAAGCUGCAUGCUGGACAGCGAAAGAGUGUAAUUCGAGCGAUCGAACAGCAAGGUGUCAACGUUCUAUCAAGAUGGACGCGGAUAUCGUAUCGCAAGGUGCGGCGGCGCAAUGCACCAGCGAGCAGUCCGAUGCCACCAAGGGGGGCGGUGUGUAUGCCACUGCGACGGGCGCGUCAAGCUCGAGCAGCGCAGACGCCGGUACAUCAGAGGCCACGACGGACCUCGUAGCAGGCCUAUCCUCCUGGUGGGGCGGCAUCUCCAAGAUAUCAGCCGAGAAGUUCGAGACGGCACGCGCCAACAUACAGACGCAGUCGAAGGAGCUCGUGCGCGUCGCCAAAGAUGAGCUGCAGCGCUUCGAGCAGAGCUUGGAGGAGGCGCAGAAGCGCGCAAGGAAGGAGAGCAAGAGCGGCGCCAUUUCUGUCACAUCGGCAACGCAAGGGGAUACCGGCGACAAGUCAAAAGGGAAAGGCAAGGCGCGGCAAGUGGAUGGAGAUGCUGUCGAUGGCGACAAAGAGAAGGGCUCGCAGCGCGAGCGGUCCGGGAUAGCGCGCGGGGAAGAAGGCAUAGAGCAAGGCGGAGGGGACAACGUCGCAAUGGUCGAUGCCAAUGGGGAUAUUGUCGGUGGCUCUGAUCCAUCCAGAGGCCCUGGCUCACCAGCAACGACAACGUUCGACUUCGACAUCGAGCAGCGACUGGUACACGCCUCUGCGCUCUUUUCCAACUUGGCCAAGUCGCUGCAGAACGAUCCGCGCGUACAGUCGAUACAGCGCUCUCUGGUUGGCAUCAGCAGUGACGCAUCUCAACAGCAAGGACAGCAGGUGUCAAUUGAUGGUGCAGAGAAAGAAGGCUCAACUUUGGCAGAGAGCACUCCUAUUAGCAACCUUUCUUCGACCAUCCAAUCUUCCCUUCCGCACCUCUCCUGGGCACAGUCGCAAGCGCUGGCGGAAAAGUACUGGAGCAAGAGCGAAGAGUUCGCCAAGGAGGUUAUCAAGGAGGUCAAGGACAUUGCCGGAGAGUUUGUACAAGUCCUUCCGCCUGAGAAACAGGUCUCGGAUGAGAAGGCAGCGGGAAAACAGCAGGAAGGCAAGCGACAGAAGUCGCAGAAGAGCAAAGCAGACGACAUCGUCUUUGACGCCGACAAGGAUGGCGGGCUAGAGGACAUUAGCGGCGCAUUGGAGCGCGCUGCGGCGCCAACGCCUCUGAAGCCAGAGACAAGCAAGUCAAAAGCUGACUUCGACUGGGACGCGCCGGAGAACGGAAAGAGUGAUAGUGCGUUCGGCCUGCAGACUUCGACCGGUCCUCCAACAGGCAGCUGGGGCGAUAGCGACGACGAAGUGCCAGCGCGAGCCGUAUCAGCAGCACCCGGCCGGACCGCGAGCGAAGUUGUGACCGCAAAGGCAGGAGUGGGCAAAGACGCUUCCAGUGGUGGCGAGGCAGCCGAAAGCCAAUCAAAAGCGAAGGAGGCGACCAAACAUGACGAUGAGGAUUCCGAUUGGGAGUGAUGUAGAUCUUAUCGCCAACCAUGCAAUGCACAUAGGAUUCGUUGCAGAUAUCAUAGUGUGCAGAUGAGGGUGGGGAUGUAGCGCUAAUGUCU